AUGGGGGAUCUUGGGGUCGCCCCUCCUCGGCCUUCGGGUGUAGAUCUGGUAAUGGGCGAGCUUGGAUCGGGGAUGCAUGAUAGUAGCAAGGGUAUGAGGGGAAAAUCCCAAUUGCAUGAUGGAGAGUCCUCUUCUAAUGGAAUGCUCCGACUUCAAAAAAUUAAUGGGUGUCUACAGAAAGCCGAGGUUCAUCCUAUUCUAGUUAUUCAACCUGAACAAGUUGCGGAGGAUGUCGAGUACUGGAAUAAUCAUGCUCUCAUAUGCAAGUUUUUGGGCCUCCGCCUUGCACUGCCGGCGCUAGACUCUUGGGCCCGUCGGAUGUGGAAUCCAGAAGGAGAAAUGGAAAUUUUGCUAGCAGCUAAUAACUACUUUAUGGUUAUAUUCUCGUGCAUGUCGGAUAGGAACAAGUUGGAUUACGAGACCCUCCCAUUCAGAUGCAGAAUCUGCCAUGAGUAUGGACACCUACUACGCCGAUGCCCCAGAUAUAAGAAUCCUUCCCUGGAUGCUCCAGUUCCCUCUAGGGAGGAUAAAGGAAAGGCUAAAGUUUCUAAUGGACAGGUUGACAGUGAGGGAUUUACUCAGGCUAAAUCUCGCAACAAGGGUAAAGGAAAGAGAAGAGCCUGGACAGAAAGGCGGACCGAUGACACCUUUAAUAGGUUUGAUGCUCUUGAAAACAUGGACCAAGAGGAAGGUAUCCCAGUUGAGCUCUCCCCAGAAGUCUUCAUUCAGCAGGAGAAUCAUGAGGGAGAUAUGCAGAGAGAGCAUCAGCCUCUUGGGACAGGGGAUCUACAGGCCGAGCAGUUAGUUGCUGACGGAUCUCCUCUUGUCCAGAAUACUGGGGAUCUUUGUGGAACACUAGGUUCACAGGGACCAGCUGGGGUGUCCAAUGUACCUCACAAGCAUAAAGGGGCAUCUGAUCUGGCUAAGAAGGCUUCUAUUGCUUUGGGUAUUCAACAGAAGUCUUUCAAAAAAGGGCCUUUAGAUAAACCAAUAAAAAGUGGCAGGAAGACUGAUCAGGAGAAAGUGAAGAUUAUGGGUGAAAAUUUGGUGGAGUCUGGGUCGGAAACUAAGCUUUCUUUGGAUGGUUUGGCUAAGUGUGCUGCGUAUAUUUGGCCAUGUGGCUCUUGGCAGGGAGUGGGUGCCUUGAAUAGCUCUGGAGGGGUGGCUUGCUUGUGGGACCCCAGGAAAGUCUUCCCUCUAUGGUGGUUCUCUAGUCGGACAUCCAUUUCUUUGAUAGCCACUAGUUGUGAGAAUGGUGAAAGAUGCUUCUUAUCCAACAUUUAUGCUCCUACAGACUUUGCAGGUAAAGUUCAGUUAUGGGCCCAUGUUAGAUCCAUCCGGUCUUUGGAACCCCUUCUGCCAUGGAUUAUAGCAGGUGACUUCAAUGCUAUCAUUAGCCUGGAGGAAAAAAGGGGUGGGUUAGCAAAGCUGGAUCAAUCUUCUAAUUUGCUCAGGGAUAUGAUUAGCUUACUACAUCUCAUUGAUGUGAAGCCAAAUAAUGGAGUUUUUACUUGGAAUAAUCGGAGAUACGGUGGUGAGGCUAUUUUAGAAAGGCUUGAUAGAUUUCUGGUUUCCUGCUACUGGAUGGACAAUAGGUGGGUUACCAGUUCUGAAAUUCUGGAUUGGAGGGGAUCGGAUCAUUGGCCUAUUAAGCUUUCCAUCACUUUUCACAGGAUCACCAAGAAUCCCUCUUUCAAAUUCCAGUUGAUGUGGUUACGUGACUCUUCUCUAAAUGAUCUUAUGGCCACCUGGUGGUAUGAGGGACUGCCUAACCAUGGUACGGCUAUGUUUACUUUUAGUAAGAGGCUUCAGCAUGUGAAGUAUAGGCUUAAGAGAUGGAAUAAACGUUGCUUCGGCUACCUACAUGAUCAAAAGUCUGCUGCUCAAACCAAGCUUGAUAAUAUUACCCGACAGAUUUGGGACCAUGGGUUGAGCUCUGAGAUGAGUGCAGCUGAGACUUUAGCCCUUAAGGAGCUGGAUGAAUGGGAGCUUCGGGAGGAGAUUUUCUGGAAGCAGAAAUCUCGUAUUGAUUGGCUUCAGGAAGGGGAUAGGAACACUGCUUUCUUCCACAACUCUGUUAAGGCACGAUGUCAUGGGAAUUCUCUGUCCUCUCUUGUUUUAUCAGAUGGAACUCAGAUCUAUUCUUGUGAAGCUAUCUCUAGGGAAGCAGUUAAGUAUUUCUCUGAUCUCUUUUCUAGAGAGGAUUUUGGAGGUGGGCAUGAGGAGCGCGACAUUUUGGACUGUAUCCCUCAUUUUGUCUCUGCAGUAAUGAAUGAAGAUCUAUUAGAUCCUAUCUCACUUCCAGAGUUGGAGAAGAUUGUGUUUAAUAUGAAGAAGGGUAAGGCUCCUGGUCCAGAUGGGUUCCCAAUUGAAUUUUUCCAAGAAUUCUGGGAGAUUAUAAAGUUUGAUCUUCUAGAUGUGAUCCAGGAGUCACACAAGAAUAAACAGAUGUUGAAGUCUUUGAACUCAACCUUCUUGGCCCUCAUACCUAAGAAGGAAGGGGUUGACAGGUUGGACCAGUUCAGGCCCAUAGCUUUGUGUAAUGUGAUCUAUAAGAUCAUCACCAAGCUGAUUGCAGAGAGGCUCAAACCUUUCCUUGGUUCUUUAAUCUCUGCAGAACAGGGACGCUUUGUGGACGGAAGACAAAUUCUGGAUGGAGUUGUGAUAGCAGCAGAGGCUAUCCAUUCUAUGGCCAACUCUAAGGAGAAAGCUAUGUUUAUAAAACUCGACAUGGCCAAGGCUUAUGAUCGGGUGAGUUGGGAGUUCCUUAAAAAAAUUCUUCUAAGGUUUGGAUUUGCUGUGGAAUGGGUUGAUUGGGUUCUUAGCUGCGUGUCCUCAACAUCUUUCUCUGUGCUCAUUAACGGAGAACCUUCUGAGCUCUUUGGUGCCUCUAGAGGACUUCGGCAAGGUGACCCUUUAUCUCCUUACUUAUUCAUUAUUAUGGCAGAAGGACUUGGCAGAUUUUUAAAAGCUCAAGUUCGCCAGGGACUUAUCCAAGGGUGGAGUUGGAGUAACAACCUUCCUUCUUAUUCCCACCUUCAAUUUGUGGAUGAUACUGGGCUUUUGGGCAGGGCUAGAAUCAGUGAGGCAGUUAACAUCAGGAAAGCUCUGGAUAUCUAUUUGAAAGCCUCAGGUCAGAAAAUUAAUGAUAAUAAGUCUUCUAUCUAUUUCUUCAACACUCCUAGGCUCAUUCAGAAUAGGAUUGCUGGAAUUCUUAGGUUUCAGAUUGGCUCUCUCCCCUUUAUGUAUCUUGGGGUCCCUCUGUCCUUGGGUGCUCAAUGGAGGGAUUAUUGGCAGGGGAUUUUGGAUAAGUUCAGAAGUAAGGUUAGUCAUUGGACCUAUAGAUGGCUAUCUUCUGCUGGGAGAGUGGUUUUGCUCAAGUCUGUGGUGCAGUCUCUUCCCAUCUACAGGUGUGGUGUCCAGAUUCCCCCUGCUAGUUUUGUAAGAGAUUUGGAUGCUUUAUCUCGGCAAUUCCUUUGGUCCGGCAAUCUGCUUUCCUCGAAGUGGAGUCUUGUUAAGUGGGAGACUGUGUGUAGGCCAAAGCAUGUUGGUGGUCUUGGGCUUCGGUCGAUGGACCUUGUUGUCACUGCACUGGCUGCCAAAUUAUACUGGCGUUGGUGUAACAGUCAAGAUCAAGAGUGGGCCAAUAUUAUCACCCACAAGUACUAUCCUGGUGCAGAUUGUUCUGAGGUUCCACGACUUCCUUUGGUGGGCAAAGGCUCCUGUAUUUGGAAUACUCUCAAAAGGGGAGCAAAAAUUGUUAAGGAGGGGCUCUUCUGGAUCUGCAACAAAGGCUCGGAUACUCUUUUUUGGCAAGACUCAUGGGAUGGCAACCCUCCUAUUCUUUCUAGCUUUCCCCAACUUAUCCCCCUCUCUCAAUCCUUUUCUAAUGCUGGUUGGAUUAAGGUUGAACACUUUAAGACGGUUAAACGUCUAGGACAGGUGGAGAUUACCUGCUGGAAGGAUCCCCAGGAGUGGCCGAGGGAUGGAUCUGUUGAGGACCGAGCUCUCCUCGCUCAUGUUCUGGAGGGUAGAUUUUUUAGCUCUCUCAAUGGGAGGGACACCUUAGCUUGGAGUCCAAGUCCUAAAGGUAAAUUCACAGUGGCUCAAGGUUAUGCUGUUCUUGAUAGGAACCUUUACGGGCAGGCAGAGGUGCACUGGUGCAAGAAAGUUUGGAAUAGCUUUUCGUGGCCCAAGUGUAACUUUUUCUUAUGGGUGUUGGCUCAAAAGAAAUGCCUUACUUGGGAGAAUCUAUGCAAAAGAGGUUUUCAAGGUCCCUCGAUUUGUGUUCUUUGUCAGCAUAACGAGGAGUGUGUCUCGCACUUGUUUUUUCUCUGCCCCUUCUCAGGAGAGAUAUGGCAUAGAUGGUGGGAGGCUUGGGGUCAUGGUUGCUUUCAUGCCAAUUCUCUUAUCGAAUUUUGGGAAAGCUUGGGCAGACCUCUUGCGAGGACCUCUUUCUUACAGGUUGCCUGGGUGGUUGGUCCAGUCUUCAUUCUCUGGAACCUGUGGCUGGAACGGAAUCGUAGGAUUUUUUGUGAUACCAAAUCGAGUAGUACCCAUUUGUGGAAGUUGAUUCUUAACAGGAUUCAGGAGAUGUUAUAUGCUAAGUGUGACAUGUCUAUUAAUAUUGAUCCUGGGGAUCAAGUUAUUGUGAAUAAUUUGAACCUGAAGGAUAGCAGGCGGGGAGGUUGUCCCAGCAACAGACCGAGCCAUGGGAAGCAACAGGUGUGUAGAGAUGGGAGGUGGUCCCCUCCUCCGACUGGGUUCCUGAAGAUCAAUACUGAUGGGUCUUCCCGGGGGAAUCCUGGGCAUGCCGGCAUUGGGGCUAUUGGUAGAAGCGAUGGUGGAGAUGCAGUCUUUCUUCUCUCUGUUUACAAGGGUGAGCAUUCUAAUAAUCUGAUGGAGGCCCUUGCCAUUAAGGUUGCUAUUGAGCGUGGAUGCUCGUUAGGGUGGCGGAAUUUCAUCUGUGAGUCUGACUCACAGAUUGUGGUGGAUAUGUUGAACAAUCAGAGGCUGGAUAAUGUUAGUUGGCAACUUGCCUCUUUAGCCAGACAAAUUCUUGGCCUUUGUAGGCUGGUGGACUCUGUCUCCUUUCGCCAUAUUCCUCGCGAGUGGAAUAGGGUGGCCGAUUGUCUGGCUAAGUGGGCCUCUGAGAAUGUGGGUGAGUGGAAUAUUAAUGGUAGGGAUGAAUUACCUGCUCAGUACUGUGAGAUUAUUGAUCAGAUGCUUCUGGAGGACAGGAGUUUGUAG